CCUCAAAACAGUUGUUAAAAAAAGGUUAAAGUUAUCGUUAAUUAUCGUGCUGAACUGUAUUAUUCUCAAAAAAUCUUGCGAGUCAUUCGCGCAAAUCUUGUUUUGAUUAAGCGAUGAAAUGCAUUGAGGAUAUUCAUGGCUAAAGACCAAUGGAAAAUCAAUGGUUGAUAUAAGCUAAAAACAAUGGCAAACACAGGAUUACUCGUAUUAACAAAUCCAGCAAGAGCAACAAAGUUGCUGCCAGUGAUAAAAGAACACGUCCUGAAGACACUUUACAUACAAUAUUUCCCAGACCGGAAUAUCUUUAUUUCUGGUGCCUAUUCUCUCUCUUCUCAAAAAUGGAAGGGUCCUCGUCAUGCUCAAACAAUAGACAAUAUCUACGCAUUUGCUUCCACAGUCUCGUCUCGUUUAGAUGUCCGAGUUUUACUCUCGAGUCUAAAAAGUCCGAAUGUUUCUAUUAUUCACACAAAGCGUCCGGUCGAGCUCGUGAUUUUCGAUCAGACCUACAGCAAAAAGGAGGCCGAUACUUUCAUGCAGGAUUAUCUUUCUAACACUUCCAUGGGCUGCAAAUUUAUCAACGUCGAUGAAAAUAGAGAGGAGGAAACCUCGAUGGAAAAUGGGGAAGAUGCUGAAAAAGGAGAGGAAAAAGUGUACAAAAAUGUUGUGCUUGGUGGCACCUUUGAUCGAUUGCAUAGUGGUCACAAGAUUUUAUUGAGCGAAGCAGUUUUACAUUGUACGGAAAAACUCACUGUUGGGGUCACGGAUACAAAUAUGUUGAAAAGCAAGAUUCUCUGGGAAUUAAUUGAACCCUGUGCAAAGCGAAUAACAGCAGUGAAGGAUUUUCUCGAAGAUGUUGAUCCUUCCUUAAAAUACGAGGUGGUCCCAAUAUCCGACAUGUACGGACCAACAAAAGACGAUCCAAACAUGGAUCUUAUUGUCGUCAGUGAAGAAACUGUACGAGGUGGUGCCAAAGUAAAUGAAAUUCGCCUUCAACGAGGAUUAUCGAAAUUGGAUGUCCACGUUGUCAAAUUAAUGCAGGACCAGAGUCACGACGAGCAUGAAGAAUCCAAGAUCAGUUCUAGUAAUCAAAGGAUAAGACUAUUAGGCACGAGACUUCGAGAACCUAAUAGAAAGGAUAAAUCUUUGAGGCCUUAUGUAAUCGGUCUCACUGGAGGAAUCGCUAGUGGGAAGUCUUCGAUUGCCGAAAAAUUAGAAAGAUUGGGAGCUGGUCAUGUAAACUGUGACAAAAUAGCGCACGAUUUGUAUGCGCCUGGAAGAGAAUGUUAUAAUUUAAUAGUUGAACAUUUUGGCCCCGGCAUACUGAAUUCGGAGGGAGCUAUAGAUAGGAAAGCUUUAGGCAAUAUUGUCUUCAAGAAAAAGGCUAUCAAGCGUGUAAUGGAACGAAACUCGCUGAGUGAAGAUGAAGCAAGACAACGAAUUACUGUUCAACCCAGCAAUGUGCAGCAGGUGAAUGAAGCAAAUGUAGUUGUUUCCACUUUAUGGAGUCAUGAAGUGACUCAAAAACAAGUACAAAAAGCAUGGGAUGAACUGAAAGCCUACCUCGAUGAAACGUCUCAGAGUUAAUAAAUAAAAGGUUUGGGAAACAUUUUUUAUAUUGAUAAUGGGGUUUUUUUUAAUAUUCACCUAUCUGUCUAUUAAUUUUAUCAACAUAUCUUUUUUUUAGUAACUUUGUAAGAUUUUAUUUUGUAUUUUCUAUUGGAAAUUACUAUUUUUACAUUAAUUUAGUAAAAUAUUGACUCUAUCAUGUAACUA